AUGUUUACACUGCGCGACGGCGCAGACUGGGACGCCCUGCGAAGUCUGUGGCUAGUGAACGCAAAGUUCAAGGACACUACUUCCUUGAUUUUGUCGGACAUAUUUGGCGAUCCGGGACUGGGUAGUGAUCGUCGUGUUUGCCGCUAUCAAGCGCUCGUGAAGGCAGUGAGCGACCAUUGUCGUGCUAUGCGCUACAGCUCCGCUACAAUGCCCAACGUCGCACACUCGAAGUCCGUCACGGCGCGAUAUGAGGACAUAUUGAAGACACCUUUCAUCCCCCUCUACAUCACAACAAUCAUGACGGCCGCCGGGCUUGGCGCAGUGAGAGGCAUCGCAGACAUGCUGCCCAUGCCCGCUGAUAAACUGGCAUCUGUGUACAAGCAUAUCGCAACUACGAUGCACAGUACUUGCCAAGCACUCAAAAUAUUACCGAGAGCGAUCAUGAGGCGCAAGCUCAGCAUAAUAGUGGAGCAAAACUGCAGGCUCAUUACUCAUGCCCUCAUCCUCUCGCAAGGCUGUACAGAGCUGCAACAUGCUCUGGAAGAGUACGAAGAGGUGACCUUAUCUGAUUCAGAGUUCGUGGAUGAUGAAGAUGCUUUUGUCCGAGCGAGUCUUCAGGCUGUACACAAGAAAAUCGACUAUACUCUGCGAUCAAUGGAGCACGGGCAGUUCGCUGCGCCAGUCCCAGAGCACCUCAAUAAUCAUAUAUGUGAGAUGCAUGAGCGUACUCCGCCUACAGACGACGAACUUCGUGAAGCCGCUAAGAUGGUCCGGGUUUUCCGGAAUCCGAUACUUACCUUGACGAACCGCAUGCCGACGGAAGGUGACCAGCUUAGCCUUCUCCCUCGUCUCCACCGGCUGGCGCGGAUGUUUGACGAGGAAGCAGAGAUUGUGGCAGACGAUCAACUUCAAAUCGUCGUAUAAUAGGACGAGAAUGGAUUUCGUAGACGGUAGCAUCUGUCCUGUUUAAUUGUAUCUACAGUAUCGCAUUCAAUACACCAAUACACUAUUCCUCCA